UGCUAAGCAUCGGACAAACAACAGCAUUCGGUACCUUCUCCUUCACCUUUGUCAACGCUUUAGAGUCUACCACUGCUUUAGGAUCUGCCAUUGUGUUUCUUGGCGAUUCCAAAACAAAACCUUGUGCUCUGAUACCAAAUAAAGUAGCCAAGAACACAACCGUAAUAAAACUCUUGCUUUGUUUUAUUAAUCUUUCUUAACUUGCUUUCUUACUUUGAUCCUCUUACAUUAGAUCACUAUAUAUAGGUAUUAGGAAACCCUUAACUUUCUCCUAUUACAUGUUUAUCUAGGACUUCUUAGCUUUAUCCUAAAUCUAUUAGUUAUUCAUUCUUAUCUUUAUAAUAACUUGUCGGCUAAGCAACUGAAGCUUAUCCAACACAGAUGUGAUCAGUUUAAGUCGUCAUGUGAAAGGAUGUCUCAGGUUUCAAUGGUGAUGAAGAUUGAAGAGGAAAAAAUUGCCUCGUCUUGAAUCUGGAUAGAGUGGAACAUGAAGUAAAACAUGUAUGGGAACACGACAGAGAGCCAGAGAAAGAAAACAUGCAGAUGAUGCUUUUGGUAGAUGUGCUACAGACUGCUAAAGUUGAAGCUGAGUAUCAAAGAGUUCUAAAGGACAGAUUACGAAGGAAAUUUCAGUACUUUGCAAAAGGUGGAUAUUAAGUGUUUAAAUCUUGUAGACGGUGGUGAGUUAAGAUUCUGCUGCAACUACAGAAUGUCUAUAAGCUAGACGAAACACAAGAAGUUUGCAAGGGUUAUAAGAAGAUUCUUCAAGAUUCAGUGCUGCUUACGAGGUUUACUUGGUAUGAGAAAGCUAUGCUUUAAUUUGCUGCUGAAAAGUUGGAGUCAGUUUUGAGUCAAGGUCAUGGGUUCUCGUAUUCUUGAACACGUUACAAGAGAGUACACCAGUUAUGUUUAGUUUGGAGUUGAUGUGAAGUUACAUGCAACAGAAGAUGAUUAUGGUUCAUGAGAAACGAGACUGGUCGCAAGUUGAUUUGAUGAGCUGAACUAAAAUAGAUGCAUGAAAUAAAUGGAAGACAGAGAUUCAGAGGGUACUGGUUGUUGUGAACUGGUGAAAAUUGUUCAAGAUUAAAGCAAAGAACAUAUUGUUCAGCCAAUGUACCAGUGAUUGAAACAGAAGAUUGAGGGAGAGACAUGCUUCAAUUAACACUGAUGAAAGUUUGAGUGAAGGCUCAAAUAUAAAGGAGAUAAGAACUUGAAUUCUACAUGAUGUGUUAUGUAUCAGGAGGUCUAACCUGCGAUGUAUAUCUUGGGAUUCCGAUUGUCUGCAACAGUCUCAGAGAUUAUCAGAGAGAGAGAGACGCCAACAAGGCCCGUCGGAAUUGGUCAAGUCUGUGUUGAAACCUCUAUGUUAAAAUAUUCCAGUUAUGUGGCUAUCUAAGAACAAGUCAAAGUGAGAAGAUCAAGUCAAGGUUUGGAGAUGGUUUCAAGGAGAAGAAGAAGAAGAAGAAAGAGCUAUGAGUCAUGCAAAUUAGUUGAAAGGAGUAGAAGAACACGAGUUCUUGAGCUGAUAAAGUGGUGGUGAGAAGCCUUGAAAGGUCAACUAAAUUUGAGGAACCGAGUGCAACGUAUCAUGUAUCAAAAACUGUACCAGAACCUGUGACAGAUUCUAGAUGAAAUCAUGAUGACAUUGGAUGUUCCAGAGAUUGAUAUUUUCGCUGACCAGGAAUACUAAACUCGAUCUCAUGAAAGGGCAACUACUGAAGAAGAUUGGCUAAGUAAAAGCUCUGUUCUUUUUUUUUAUUUGCUGCAAAAGAUAUGGACUCUCAACUGAGUUAAGGAAAGUGUUUGAACAAGAUCAGUGGCUGUUCUUGCUUCUUACUUGUUGACGUUGAGGAUUUUAAAAAAAAAAAGAAGAAGGGGGCAUUGUUUGUUGGGUAACUCGAAGAGCGAACAGUGGAAGAGGCAACUUGUAGACACAUGGCGUAGUUGCUGACAUGUGAUGUGUAGAAAAGCUUGAUAACCCAUAGUUAACCUUGAUCCUGAAGAGACGUAGAGUCAAAGACUGUACGAGAAGUACUUUGGGUUCUCUGAUCAUACGGUGUUGAAACAACUCAAUGAAUUAAAAACUGGUGUUGGUAGAAACAUGAUGAGCUGAGUGUUUACGGAACUGUCUUCAAAGUUGGAGCAUCAUGAUAUGGUUCGGGGGUUGCAGGUUUCUGUAAAAUGCAGAAAAAUAGUUAGCAAUUUUAUCAGGUUUCCAAGAAUAUGAACAGAAAGAGAUCUAUCAAGAGAAAAACAGAGAGGCUGUCUGAUCUGGAACUAGUUUAAACGCAAGUGGCUAAUAUUAAGAUGAAGAAUUGUGGCUGAGGGGAAGUCUUGGCUGGAUAGAUAUUCAUGGUCUCAGUGUACUUUGAAUUUUUGCAGGCAGAUACUGUAUAUUUGGGUUGUGAUCAGAUGAUGAGACGUCAAAACACUGGAACUACAACACAAGCUAGACCCGAUCUCAUUGGAGAUAGUUUAUUUUUGUUAGCGGAUGAGGUGUAGUAGGUGAUUCGGCAAGCUGGAUUUCAUUCCUUUUCCCAUGACGUGUUGCUUGAAUACUGUUUCUUGAACACCAAGUUAAGUUUAAAGAAGUAGGUUGUUAACACAAAGGCUAAACUUCUGAGACAAAGCAACUUUGAGAUGAAGAUGAGUUGCACCUUUCAGCACAUGGCAAUGGAUCUUAUUAGAGUUUCGUGGUGGCUGUGACAUGGACGGUCUUGUUUUCGGUCAUCUGCGAAAGGAUAUGCAACCAUAAAAACAUGAUAGUCGUUGGUCGCAUGCUAAAAACGAGAGGAUCGUCUUGUUUUUCAAUAAACUCUUGUCUACAUGAUUGAUGAUAUGUCUCUGGUGAAUGUGAAGCGAACAGUUUCAGGGAAAAUGAGGAUAUGGAAGACGCCAUGUAUUAUUCAUGAAACAAGAAGACUCAUGCUAAGCUCUUGGAUCGGGAUGGUUCGAUCUAGACAACAUGUUGAGCUAUAGAAGAAAUGGUUGAGGCUUCCCUUGGAUUGGCUUUUGGAAGGCAGAGAAUGCAACACGAGGAAAUGAUUGCUCAGAAUUGCUACUACAUUAGCAAGACACUGUUCUGUGCGUACGACAGGCUUUGAUCCUGUGCUAUUGGCGACAGCGGUGUCUGGUUGAUGUCAGGAUAGCUGAUUCUAAGUGAUUCUCAUCUACGAAGGCUCUUGUUAUUUUUAAAGAAGUUUGAGUCAUAUAUUCUCUUUUCUUGGAGGCAAGGCAGUCAGUUUUUCUCAGAGCUGAUUCAGAUCAAGUUUGCAUUAGAGAUGCUGGUGGAAUAAGAUGAUUCUGAAAAUUGUAACCGAGAACGAUCGCAUAUUUGGGAAGCCAUGGAUGAUCACUGACGUGUGUCGUGACAUGAUCCUAAUAGAAAACCAGUUACCCUUUUUCAUUGUGAAGAGGUUUUAUCAUCUCUUGACUCCUUACUACCAACAAGCAACACCUUCAGUACUGGAAAUUGUUAAAAGCCACUUCAGUUGUUUCCUGAGCAACAUUGAUGAUAAAAUGUAUGAAUCUGCAGAGCCAGAGCAUUUUGUUGAUCUUCUGAGGUCUUGUUAUCUGCCGCUAGUUCCAAUCAGAUUGGAAGAAGGCAUAUCUACGAUUUACAAUGCGCCAAAAGCAACAGAGCUACACAAUGCUGGUGUUAAGUUCAAGCCAUCAGAGACCAGUAGUUGUUUACUUGAUAUUAAAUUUGCUGAUGGAGUGCUGGAGAUUCCUACUAUUUUUGUUGAUGAUCUCACGGAAUCCCUCUUCAGGAAUAUCAUUGUGUUUGAACAAUGUCAUUGCUCAGAUAAGAGCUUCCUCCACUACAUCAGGCUUCUCAGUUGCUUCAUUAGAUCCCCUGCGGAUGCUGACUUGCUCAUCCGCCGUGGGAUCUUUAUGAACAGUCUUGGAGCCGCAGAAGAUAUUUCAGAUGUGUUCGAUAACAUCUGCACAGAGGUUGUCUUUGGCAGAAAGUUUUACUUUCAGAGCCUCUCUGAGAAGUUACAAUCGUACUGCAACACACCAUGGAACAGGUGGAAGGCGAUUCUGAGACAUGACUAUUUCCACAAUCCUUGGUCAGUUGCUUCUGUUUUGGCUGCUUUGCUUCUUCUCCUUCUCACUUUCAUACAGGCUGUAUGCUCUAUCUUGGCCCUGUGAGUUAUUACCAUAGUAUUUACAUAUUUAGUAGUCAAAAUUCAAUAAAUCCAAACUUGUUCUUAUGAAUGUAAGCACAAGCAGUCAGAUCCUGACAUGACUUUGUACUGAAUCUAAGUUGAACUGCUAGUUUUGUGUUAGAUUUGGAUUAAUUAUGGAUUUCCAACUUAAAAUCAA